AUGUUGUCUUCGUGGCAGAAGAAGUUCCUUGAGAAAUCGGAUGGCCCAACCGAGGCUAAUCCGAACCCUCCGGAAUAUGGGACCAAUGAAGAUAUCCAUCCAGGCUCAAAACGCCCAGAAGAAGUGGUUAAUGAUGAUGUUUCAAGGGAAGAUGUGCCUGAUGAUACAGCUCAGGAUGGUGUAGCGCAAGCUGAAGCCAUCACAUUAACAUGGAACAAAUGGUCCCUGGGAUCGGCCUACAUCCUCAUGUGGCUUCUAUACUUUGUGAAUGCCUUUCAAUCUUCAAUUACUGGGAACUUAUCGGCCUACGUGACUAGUGGAUUCGAAUCACACUCCUUGAUUCCGACCAUUAGUGUCGUCUCCAGCGUCAUGUCCGCCGCAACUUAUAUGCCACUUGCGAAAAUUCUGAACCUGUGGGACCGAUCCAUUGGUUUCCUAGUCAUGGUUUUAUUCUCCAUUCUUGGCUUGGUAUUGUCUGCAACAUGCUCAAAUAUCGCAACGUACUGUGCAGCCCAGGUGUUCUACAGUAUCGGCUUUGCCGGUUUAAUUUUCAGUAUCGAUGUUAUCACAGCUGAUACAUCAUCGCUGCGCCAUCGAGGUCUUGCGUACGCAUUUACUUCCUCGCCUUAUAUCAUCACGGCAUAUGCAGGUUCGGCAGCUUCUGAGCACUUCUACGAGUCAAACUGGCGAUGGGCAUACGGCUGUUUUGCCAUUGUUCUGCCUGUUGUUGCCUUCCCGAUGUUCUGUCUCCUUCGGUACAACCGCCACCUGGCAAAGAAGAACGGCCUCCUGAAACCGAGGGAGAAGAGCGGCAGGACAUUGAUGCAGAGCAUCAUCCACUACAUCAUCGAAUUCGAUCUUCUGGGUACCUUCCUUCUGGCAGCCGGUCUCGUUCUUUUCCUCCUCCCCUUCACUAUCGCCGGCUCCGCGGAAGAUGACUGGGCAUCUGCUCAUAUCAUCGUUAUGCUUGUUGUCGGUUUCGUCGUCCUGAUUGCCUUCGGUCUUUCCGAACGCUACCUCGCCCCGGUGCCCUUCCUCCCAUACGAAAUCCUUCUCUCCAGAACGGUUUUGGGUGCUUGUCUUAUCGAUGUUACCUACCAAGUUGCAUACUACUGCUGGUUCGACUACUUCACAUCAUACCUACAGGUCGUCUAUGGCACCAGCAUUGCAACCGCUGGAUACAUUAGCAGCAUUUUCGACGUAGUUUCCGGAGUUUGGCUUUUCGUUGUGGGUUUCUUGAUCAUGAAGACGGGUCGCUUCCGCUGGCUGAUCCAGGGUGCCGUGCCUCUUUAUCUGCUUGGAGUGGGCCUGAUGAUAUACUUCCGCAACCCAAGCUGGUCCGUGGGCUACACGAUCAUGUGUCAGGUCUUCCUUGCCUUUGCCGGUGGUACGAUGAUUAUUUGUCAACAGGUUGCCGUGCAGGCCGCUGCCGACCACAACCACGUCUCCUCGGCUCUUGCCUUCCUCAACUGCUUUGGUAACAUCGGUGGUGCGAUCGGCGGUAGUAUCUCUGGUGCUAUCUGGACUCACACCUUGCCUGACGCAUUGAAGCGUCUUCUGCCUGACUCCAUCAAGAGCGACUGGGAAUCGAUCUAUGAUGAUCUUGACGUUCAAUUGAGCUACGAAAGAGGCACGCCUGAACGACAGGCCAUUGCCCUUGCUUACGCCAGCUCGCAGAAGAACAUGUUGAUUGCGGGAACGGCUAUCAUGGCCCUGUCGCUUAUCUGGAUGUUUGUCCUGAGAGACAUUAAGCUUACGAAGCAGCAAUCCAAGGGUAUUCUGUUCUAG